AUGGGUCGAAAGAAGAACCAGAAGGGCCGUCAACAGACCACCGCUGCUGCUGUAGCGGUGGCUCCUAACCCAACCGUCAGCUCCGCAGCUCCCCCCGCGCCUUCCGCCAGCGAUCCUCCCGCCAAGGCCACCGCAGCGGAUCCGCCAUCCGCGCUACCGGCCGCAGGCGCGCCGUCCGGGGAAGAUCUCCCGACGAUCAACGUGACCUCGCCUUUCCGCGCCACCGCGAGUCGCGACUCGAGCGACUCUCACGACGCCGACGUCUUCGUCGAGCCGCCGGAGCACUUCAGCGACGGCUCGCGAACUCCGCACGAUGGUAACCGCACUCCCACCUUCGAGGACGCUUCCGGCAGAUUCCCUCUCGAGUCACCGAUGGCGAACGGUAGCAGCGGCGGAAGCGGCGGGUUCGGCGCGCAAGUGGAGGCGGAGAAGCUGCGGAAGCAGCUGGAGGAGAUGGCGCAGCGCUGCCGGGAGUUGGAGGAGGGGAAGCGCGGAUCGGAGGUCGCGCGGAAGAGCGUUCAGCAGGCGAAGAACGCGCUAGAAAAGGACCUGGCGGCGGCCGCGGAGAAGACGUCGAAGGCGGAAGAGGCGGAGGCUGCGGGGAAGGCGGAACGCGCGCGCCUGGAGGGGCUGGUGACGGCGGCGGAGGGGGAAGUCGCGCGGCUGAAGGGGGAAGUAGCGGGGAAAGAAGCGGAGGUGGGGAAGUUGCUGGGAGAGAUGGAUCUAUCGAAGAAAGAGGCAGAGGCGUUGAGAGGCGAGAUGAGUGAACAGGUCAGGGCUCAUGAGGAGUUGGUGCGGGCGCUGAAGCAAGAGUCGGAGGCCCUGGUGGCAGCGCGAGACGCGGCGAUCAAGGAAUGCGCGGAGGCCAAGGAGAAAUGCGCCGACCUGUUGAAGGUUUCAGCUGAGGCGGCGGCCAGAAUGGACGAGCUUUCCCGCUCCUUGCAGGCGUUGGAGCAAGACAAGCAGGGCUGGGCGGCAGACAGCGAAAAAUGGGCGGCAGAGAAGUGCAGCUGGGAGGAGGAACGGGCAAGCUGGGCGGCAGAGAAGCGGAGCUGGGCGGCAGAGCGGGAGACGUGGGCGGCAGAGAAGGCAUCUAAGGAAAAGGCGAUUGGUGAAUGGGACGAAGGGCGGAGAGAGCUGGAGCAGCGGUUGGAGGCACUCGGUGCUCAGCUGGCCGCGGCUGAGGCUGCAAGAAUGGAGGCAGAAGUGGCGAGAGGAACGGCAGAAGCGGCAAAAGCAGAGGCGGAAAGGGCGAGAGCGGCGGCAGAAGCGGCAAGGGCGGAUGUAGAGAAGACGCUGGAGGGGAAGAGGGGCGAGUCGGACCAGGCCACCAGAGUCGCAGCCAUGGCAGCGGCCCGCCUGGCGGAGGUGCAGCAGAGCCGCACCUCGCCCUCGUGUGCCCCCCCCCAAACUUCUCCGUAUCAUCUGCUGAAACGCACCCCUUUUCUGCCCUACUCCCCACCUGCUCUCCCCCCGCCCCUCCCCACCUCCCAAUGUGUCUGUGUGCCUCUCCGCUUGUGCCUCAGUGUGGCAGCCAAGGCAGCGGCCCACCUGGCGGAGGUGCAGCAGAGUGUCACCGUCGUGGUGGCGGCCAAGGCAGCAGCGCACCUGGCGGAGCUGCAGCAGAGCCUCACGCAGACGCAGGUGGAGCUGGUGCAGGCGCACUCCGCGCUACAAGACAAGGACGCCCAGUUGACGGGCAAGGACGAGCAGGUGCAGGCUCUGACAGACCAGAUAAAGGCGCUGGAACAGCGCGUGAAGGGUGCGGAAGAGGAGAAGAAUACACACGCGGAGGAGGCGAGGAGGAAGGAGGAGGAGGCAAGGGAGGCGAGGCGAGAGGUUGAAGCUGUGAAAGGGGAGCUGCAGGGGGGGUUGAAGGCUGCAGCGCAGCAGCUUGCCCAGGCGAAGAAGGAGGCGGGUGCGGGUGGGGAGAGUGGGGAGAGUGCAGGGAGCAGGGUGGGGGAGCUGGAGGCGAGGGUGGAGGCUCUGCUGGGGGAGGUGGCAUCUGCGGUGCAGGCGCGGGCGGAGGUGGAGGGGAAGCUGGCGAGUGGCAGCCGGGAGAACGCCAGGCUGGCAGAGUUGGCGGCAACCAAGGAAGCAGAGGCCAAGACCAUGUUUCUCCAGCUGGGGCAGGUGAAGCGGGAUAACGCCUCCCUCAUACCUCCUCUUAUCACCUUCCCAAUGCCCCACUUCCCUCACAGGCUGGCAGCAACCAAGGAGGCAGAGGCAAAGAGGGGCAGGCUGGCGGCAACCAAGGAAGCAGAGGCCAAGACCAUGUUUCUCCAGCUGGGGCAGGUGAAGCGGGAUAACGCCUCCCUCAGUAGCGACCUGGCAGCCGCUACAGACAAGAUCCAGGAGCUAGUGGCCAAGAACCGGCGCAUGGACAAGGACGUGGUAACCGCCGCGGCCGAGGCGGCGUUACGCGAGCAGGAGGGGGGAGGUGGGAUUGGGGGAGGGUGGAGCUCUGUGACCCUGGAGGGAGGUUGGGGAGGUGGGGGAGGUGGGAGUGGGGGAGGGUGGAGCUCUGUGACGCUGGUGACAGUGGGUGUGGGGGCGGCGGCUGUUGGGGGUUUUGCUGCCUUGCGACUCAUGGGACCGCGUGUGUGGGAAUCGGAAGUGCAUGAGAGGGGGAAGGUGAGGGAGGUGGGGAACGUAGGGGAGGUGGGAAUGGGGGAGGGUGGAGCUCUGUGGCAGUGGUGUCGAUGGGUGUGGGGGCUGCGGCUGUGA